UACUUCCCUCAAUACGAGGCGUAUACGGUCCCCUGCAAGGCUCAACCAUUAAAUAUCUAUAUCUACAUCGGCAAUAACAAAUAUUCUGUAAAAGCGGCAAAUUAUAAGAUUGAGAUUCCUCCUGAUGUGUGCUUAUUUGCUGUAAAUCCUGUCAUAUCUGGAGGGUUUAGCACACCUUGGAUUCUCGGCACGCCAUUUAUUCGAGAAGUCUGCCACGUUUAUGACAUAGAAAAUAAGAAAAUUGGAUUCGCGAUACCACGCUCGGAAUGA